CGCCCGCGCGUCACCGUGCAGGCCCCGCCCACUCGCGGCACGGCGGCCGCCACCGCCGGUCCCCGUUCCUCCGCGGCCGCCCUCGCCGCCAGUCCCGCUCGCUCGUGCCGAACGGUCGUGAUGGUGUUCCGGUGCCAGCGGGACAGCUGGGCCCGGCAGUUCACCACCAGGGUGGUGUCGUGCCGGGCGGCGGAGCUGCGGCCCGAGGGCGGCGGGGAGCCGGUGCGCGGGUUCCAGGUGGUGCUGGAGGACACAAUCCUCUUCCCCGAGGGCGGCGGGCAGCCGGAUGAUCGCGGCCUCAUCGGGGACGUGCCGGUGCUGCGCGUGACACGGCGGGGCGCCGAGGCCGUGCAUUUCGUGCCGGCCGCGCUGGAACCGGGCACCGAAGUGCAGCUGUCGCUGGACUGGGAGCGCCGCUUCGACCACAUGCAGCAGCAUUCAGGACAGCAUCUCAUCAGUGCCAUUGCAGAACAGAUGUUUGGAUUCAAGACGACUUCAUGGGAGCUGGGCCGUCAGCGAAGUGUCAUUGAGCUGGACACCCCCUUGGUCACAGCAGAGCAGGUCGAGGCCCUGGAGAAGAGCGUGAACGAGAAAAUCCGGGACAGGGUCCCUGUAACAGUGAGGGAACUGGCUGCAGAUGACCCUGAAGUUGAAACAGUGAGGAGCCGGGGGCUGCCCGAUGACCACGUAGGGCCAGUGCGCGUGGUGGACAUCAAAGACAUCGACUCCAACCUGUGCUGUGGGACUCACGUCUCCAACCUGAGUGACCUCCAGGUUAUUAAACUCCUUGGCGUGGAAAAAGGGAAAAAGAACAAAACCAACUUGGUCUUCUUGGUGGGAAACAGAGUGCUGAAGUCAAUUGAACAAAGUCACAGUACUGAGAAGGCUCUAACCUCCCUGCUCAAAAAUGGACCAGGUGAGCACGUAGAGGCUGUGAAGAGACUGCAGAGCUCUGUGAAACUGCUCCAGAAGAAUAACCUGAACCUGCUUAGAGACAUUGCUGUUUUGAUAGCCCGGGACUUCAAGAGCAAACCUGCUCCAAAGCAGCUGUUUGUAUUGCACAGGAAAGAGGGCGAUUCUGAAUUUAUGAACAUCAUCGCUAAUGAGAUUGGGACAGAGGAAACCCUGCUAUUCCUGACCGUGGGAGAUGAAAAAGAAGCAGGACUCUUCCUUCUAGCUGGACCUGUUGAAACAGUUGAAAAUUUAGGUCCCAGGGUGGCAGAACUGCUGGGUGGGAAAGGAGCUGGGAAGCGCGGCCGCUUCCAGGGCAAGGCAGCCAAGAUGAGCCGGCGAGGAGAAGUGCAAGCUCUGCUCCAGGAAUUCAUUAGCCAUCAAAACCCAGGAGCAUAAGAAACAAUUCUCAAACUGAUGCAGCUGUAAACUCCCUCAGGAUCAGGCAGAGCUGUCCCUGGUGUUCCCUCAGCUCACCUUUCCUGCCCAGGCAGGCCCUGGAGCUGCUGCAGUCUCCUCUGGAGGAACUUAUGGGCGCUCUGGAGCCACAAGGGGCUCAACAGGUAAUUUGAGAAUUUACCCUUCCCUUUCUUGCUAGAAAUGGUGUAACAGGUUUACCCCAGGUGUUGGUAAUAAACAGAGAAACAGAAUAAAAGAAACCUCUAUCCUAAGGAAAUUCAUCUGUCAUGAACAUGGGGAUGGGAGCAGCCCCAGCAGAUUGGGUUCCCAGCCAUGGCUGCUGUGACUGCUGCAUGGCCACAGCCUUGGCUGAGCUGUUGGGAUGGUGUCAGAACACAGGGACCACCACUGAGGCCUGGAACUGGGUGUGGGGUCAGAGCUGCAGGGGCUGGUGCUUUGGGAGCAAUCCUACACAUGCACGCAGAGUCUGGCAGGAAGAAAGUAUCUGCACCUCCCUGUGUAUUUUGGACUAUCUCAGACUGAGCGAGGAUGUUUCCUGAAAAGGUUGAUAGCUGGGCUGUACAGCCUGCACAGCUUGGAGGGCAGCAGGACUUCCUGCUGCAGGGUGAGCACUGAGCUGGGGUACUGAGGUGAGAGGGGCAUGACCCCAGCCCCACACCAUGGUGAAAUGCCAGGUCUGUCCCCCACACCCUGAGGGCUCAGCACAGCCCCAGCUGAGCCAGUUGGCCCCAAAGCUGAGCUUGUUUCUGUAAGCAGUGAGGUGACACAAGUUUGUCCCUGUUCCUGGCACAAAGUGCACCCAUAAACCUUGGAUAAACAGCACAAAAAGCAGCUCAUUGCCCCCCCCUGUGCUGUCAGUGUUCAGCUGCACCUCAGGGCAAAAGAAGGGCACUAGGCAGUGCCCUUCCCAGUGGCUUGAACAUGUCUUGCAGGUGUUGAGGGUCUUCAGCCCCCAGGAGAAAUGUCCUUCCUCUACCAUCUGCA